GGCUCUUGGGGCUCUUCGAGAAGCUAAUUGAUUAGUCCCAAAGCGAUCGUGGAGUGGAGUGCACCUGUCCGAGUAUCUUCUGGAUAAGCGAUUAAUGACAAAGUAAUAACCAAUAUGUGGCCCGAGAAAGAGACAACUCUGCUCCUCAUCACCUUCAUGGUGCUGCCAGGAGGUGAGUCCUUCCGACGCAAUUUCGAGGCACGCCAGAGCACCAACUCCAAUAUUCCGCUUUGGAAACAGAGGGCCUGUGAGAAAUCCCAAAAACAAAAGCAAAGUGUGCACUACGUCUGCGACGAGAAGGGCGACUUCAAGUGCCUCCCUGGGUGGCAGGGGGAUCUCUGCCAGGUGCCGAUGUGCCGGCGGGGAUGUGAUCCCAUGAACGGCUACUGCCAGCGCCCGGGGGAGUGCAGGUGCCGCAUCGGCUACAGCGGGGAGAUGUGCGACCAGUGCAUCCCCCUGCCGGGCUGCCAGCACGGCGGCUGCACCAAGCCCUUCGAAUGCAUCUGCAAGCCGGGAUGGGCGGGUCUCUUCUGCACUGAACCCACCUGCCGGAGUGGCUGCCACAGCACGCGAGGCUACUGCGAGGCACCGGGAGAGUGCCGCUGCCGUAUCGGAUACGGAGGACGCACUUGCACCGAAUGCGCCACCAUGCCGGGCUGCCAGCACGGCACUUGCAACAAGCCCCUGGAGUGCCUCUGCCUGCCGGGCUAUACGGGCCUGCUGUGCCAGACACCCCUUUGUGAUCCGGAUUGCAGCAAACAGCACGGCUACUGCCGUAAGCCUGGAGAGUGCCGCUGCAAAGUGGGCUGGACGGGAAGCCAGUGCGACAAGUGCUUCCCAUAUCCGGGAUGUGCCAAUGGGGACUGCGAGGCGCCGUGGGAGUGCAACUGCCACCCGGGAUGGGGUGGCAUGCUCUGCGACGAGAAACUCACCUACUGCCAGGAUAAUCCGGAGACGUGUGAGAACGAGGGAAAAUGCAUAUCCCUGAGCCGCGAGGACGGGAGCUAUCGGUGCCAGUGCCGACAGGGGUAUCUGGGCAAGAACUGUGAGAUUCGGGAUGACUUUUUAUUGACCUCGGUGGCGCCGCCGCGUAUCACUCCACCCACUCCAACCACUCCACCCACACUCACACCCACUGCCACGGCAGACUCUGAUUUGAAUUUGGAGGGAACAGGUGUUGUGGAAAAGUUGCCGUCGGGAGCUAACGAGCCGGAGCCGGAGACGGAGCGCCGGACAAAUGAUACCACAACUAUGGCACAGGCCACAGGCAACGUGACGACCGGGGGGGAGGGGGAGGCUACGCUGAAGCUGGCAACUGGAGCUGGCAGCCACAAUGCGACUAAUGAAGCGUUAAGCGCCAUCACAACUGCUGCUCCGCCACCACAUCCUCCACUGCAGCCACCGCGCUCCACCUCGCCAAUCAUAAAGGGGAACGCAACAAGUGUGGCGGGACCAUCGUCAGGAGUCCAGGAGCCAACAAAGGGGACACUAGUGGCAGUGGCAACAGCUGCAUCCUCCGUGGCACCCAACAAGGAUAAACAGCCAGUGGCGGGGGCAGCGGUGGAGCAGGAGGAGGAGGACGACGAGGAUGAUGAGGAGGAUGAGGAUGAGGACGAGGAGUACGAGGAGGAGGACGAGGACGAGGACGACGAGGAGGACGACAGCGAUCAACUCAUACCAAAUAUAAUAUAGUUAAGAAGCUACUCUCUCUUUUUUUUGCGAUAG